ACACACACGACCCUUCCCAUCUCCCAUCUCCCAUCUCCAUCUUCCAUCUCCUUCUUCCUUCCUUCCUCCCUUCUGGGUCUUCUUCUUCGUCGUCGCCUCCCAUGGGGACUCUAUAAAGCUCUCUCCUUUCGGCCCUUCCUCCUCCUCCUCGAACUUUCCGGAUUCGUGGGGGAAAAUUCGCCUGCUUUCUUCGCCACCCGUCUCGUUCUCUGGAAUCCCCGGCUCUGUUCGGAGCUCACUCGAAGCGUGUGAGUCAGGCGGGUGCCCGUACGCGAGGCCUUAAUUCGUCUCCUCUUCUGGGUCGGUAAGUGCAGAGAUGGGAGUAUACUUGAGCACUCCCAAAACUGAGAAAUUCUCUGAAGAUGGCGAGGGCGACCGGCUUAGAUAUGGGUUGUCGUCGAUGCAAGGGUGGCGUGCCACUAUGGAAGACGCCCAUGCUGCCUAUCCCAAUCUGGACUCUUCCACCUCGUUCUUUGGUGUUUACGAUGGCCACGGAGGUAAGGUGGUUGCCAAGUUUUGUGCCAAAUAUCUUCACCAGCAGGUUUUGAAGGAGGAGGCUUAUUCAGCUGGGGAAAUUGGAACUUCAGUUCAGAAGGCAUUUUUCAGAAUGGAUGAGAUGAUGCGUGGCCAGAGAGGGUGGAGGGAGCUAGCUGUUCUUGGGGACAAGAUAAACAAGUUUUCCGGUAUGAUAGAAGGGCUAAUAUGGUCUCCAAGGGGUGGUGACGCUAAUGGCCGGAUUGAUGAUUGGGCUUUUGAGGAUGGGCCUCAUUCUGAUUUUUCUGGACCAACUUCUGGGAGUACGGCCUGUGUUGCAAUCAUUAGAAACAACCAGCUUGUUGUUGCAAAUGCUGGUGAUUCUCGGUGUGUCAUAUCUAGGAAGGGUCAGGCAUACAAUCUUUCUCGAGACCAUAAACCUGAUUUGGAGGCUGAAAAGGAGAGGAUUAUAAAAGCUGGUGGUUUCAUUCAUGCUGGACGAGUUAAUGGAAGUUUGAAUCUUGCCAGGGCUAUAGGUGACAUGGAAUUCAAGCAGAACAAAUUUUUGCCUGUUGAGAAGCAAAUUGUAACGGCCAACCCCGAUAUAAAUACUGUGGAGCUUUGUGACGAUGACGAUUUCGUUGUGCUGGCAUGCGAUGGAAUCUGGGACUGUAUGUCAAGCCAGCAGCUAGUGGAUUUCAUACACGACCAGCUGAAGUCGGAAACCAAGCUCUCCGCGGUGUGCGAGAGAGUUCUGGAUAGAUGUUUGGCACCAUCCACUGUAACUGGCGAGGGAUGCGACAACAUGACCAUGAUCUUGGUCCAGUUCAAGAAACCUAUCCAGUCCUCAGUGCCCGCCGAGGAGCAAUCUCCAACUCCUCAGCCUACCGAAGCAGGGUCGAAACCAGAGAAUAAUGGGUCCGGACCUGAGUAAAUUAGAAACAGACCGGUGUCGAUGCACGGGUUUUUCAGUUGGGUAAUCUCUUUUUAAAGGAUUCCGAUUUCUUGAAAAUAUAAUGUUUAUUUUUCUUCCUUCUCUCUCCCCCUUGUAAAUUUUAUUGUAGAAUUGGAAAGGAUUUCCACGAGAUGGAAAAGCAUGUGACGUAGCGCAAUCGAGUUGUGUUGACUAUUUGCAACGCGAGUGGUUGGUAGACCUCAGACGAGGUUUUGCUGCCUUGCUAGUUGCUACUUUUCUGUUUUGACACUGACGCUUCGAUUAUUGAGUGGCAUAUUAGGGCAGUUGGUUUGCUA